AUAAUGUGACAUAUGUACGCGCGCCGCAUGGCCCUGGAUAGAGCAUGGUUUCUGCUGGAGAAUGGAAUAAGCACCUCGUUUGUUGCUGUGGUUGGCCUGCGUUGCCUACUCGUGGAUGCUACAGGCAGACGUGCAGAACUCCAUCUGGAGUUCACCGAGGCACCCGGCUUCCUUGUGCCAUAGGAUUUGUCUCCUUGGUUUGUUGUAGAAGAAACCAUUGAACUUCUGAUACAAGUGUCGCUUUCUUGGCAACAUCUCCGCGAGAAGAGAGCAAAUUAGCCUGGCGGGCUUGCAGGAGUUAUGGGUUGCUCUUGCAGUACAAGUAGUGGAGGACGCAGGUGCUCGCAUACUCCUCGUGCGUUGGGUGGAACUAAGUCCACAGCACAGUCUUUGCUGACUGACAAAAACGCUGUCCACAGUGCUCACAAACGCCAUGGCAAGAUGAUGAAAGUCCUCAUCACAGGCACGGAGCAGACUGGCAAGACCACUGUAUCCAAGGCCAUGAAAAUCGCUCUCUCAGGAGGGCUGACCAAGGAGGAAAUGGAUCCCAUACGGUCGCAAAUACAUGCUAACUUAUUACAGAUCAUGCAGACGAGUGUAGCGUAUAUGGAAGAGUUAAAAAUGUCUUUCGCUGACAGCAGUCUAACAGGUCGUUGUAAAAACCUGCAGGAGGAAGUAGUGGGUCCAACUGGUCAUCUGGACAGCACUGUUUUCAAUUUGAUAGAGGAUCUGUGGAAGGACAGUCAGGUGAAGGAGUGCUUUGAGAAAGUACGCACCGCACAUCAGUUCAUUAGUGAUGGCGCUGAAUAUCUUCUGACAAAUAUUCAGCGCUACAGAGCGGAGAAGUUUGACUUGACGGACAGUGAUAUUCUGAAUGUCCAUUUGUUUCACACUGAUAUCUCUGAGCUGUACUUUACGUUUUGGAAGUACGAAUAUGCCAUGUACGAUUUCAGCAGCCACAGUCCAUUGAACGAAAUUCUAUUUUCCAAGUUCAACAACGUGGAGUUUGUAGUGUUUUGUGCCUCGCUAGCUGACUACGAUGUAGAAGAUGAAGAGAGCAGUGAUGCAGUUGGUUCCAGUACUGAUGAAGCAUCAUCGCCUAGUCCGCGCACAACUAAUCGUAUGCAUAAAAGCCUGGAGCUGUUCGAUCGUUUCUGCCAGUCCUCCUUCAUCCAGAACACGUUUGUCUGGCUUAUUCUGAACAAGAAGGAUUUGUUCCGACACAAGCUUAUUCACACCCCGCUCACUGUGUGCUUUCCAGACUACAAAGGAAAGAGGACAGAUGCACCGGCAGCAUGCAAUUACAUUAAACAGAAGUUCCGGUCGCUCCACCCCAGGAGGAAUGACCUGUUUGUGUAUGUUAUGUGUGCCACGGACGUCUCUGGCUUGCCCAAGUUCAAGAAAGCCUUUGAAAGGGCAUCGGAGUGCCGCAGCUUGGAUGAUUAUGGUCUUCUUGCUAGUUGAGGUGAGUGCUGUUGCCAAGAUCACCUUGCUGUCCUUCAGUUUCUUAGUUUUGUCUUCUGUCUGCAAAUCAACCUACCAUUGUGUAUGUUGUAGCUUGCAGCAUACCUCUCUCUCUCUCUCUCUCUCUCUCUCUCUAACCGCGCCGCAAUGAACACUUGCACUGGCAAUCAGUCAUUUGCAUUGUUAGCUUGGCCCCACUGAUUGUUGCAGUGCUGGUCUUCUUCAACCAAAGUGGCUUGGCACGUUUUUUGAGCUGUGGUCAUCGUGCCUGUGUGUCCUAUAGUUUUCGCUAUUCCCAGUAUUAUACUCCCGUCGUCCGAUAUCGGCCUUGUAUGAGUGUCCUCGCUGCUCCUAUUACCCCUGUUUGUCUUUCGCCACAGUAUACAAGUCCUAUCCUGUUCUUAUUUGCUGCUCAGAUGUGGCUAUGCACACCUUCAGCAGUAGCUUGCUAUCAGUUGCCAUGCACUAGCCAGUAGUCACACGGCAGCACACUUGUCCUGCACCUGCUGUGUAUGUAAAGUUAUACGCCAUGCUUUUCUCGUCUUCAGCACUCUUGUCUGCCCUCAGUAUCGGCUGCAGGGUCACCAUGACCCUACUUGUUUCUACUCUUAUUUCUGCUUUUACUAACUUCUGUGCUGCCUGUUUGGCUGGUCAUUUACAACUAUACGUAGAGUUGUCCUAAACCCAGCUUAGUUUCUUCUAGAACGGUAUGUUACUAGUGGCAGACUGUUUCCAGUGUCUGUAUUGAAUGUAACUAUAGCCGGUUCUACUCACUUCCUCCCCAUUCCCAUUUCUGUGGCCUUUUUUAUUCUAGCUUCUUGUAGAUAUCUGGGCCUUGACUUUUGUAAUCUGCCCGCAUGGCUGGUUCCCUGCUUUUAUGCUUCUUGUAUGGCCAGGCCAGCGACCUUUGCCUUGUAGUCAGCUAGUAUGUUAGGCGGUGGCCGUAGGGCGACUGCCUAAGUUUGGCAGUGGGCCACAAACAUAACGUAUCAGUUUGUGCAGGCGAGCGUCGUUCUCUCUUCAACCAUGAUAUCUUAUAAUCUGCCAAGCGGCAUACGUGCAUUAUGUAAUAGUAAUUUAGUGUAACCCAAGACCUGGUGUCUCCACUGCCAUACUACAUGGCUGUAGUACGGUCUGUAGUCCGGUACGAAUUGUGUGUGAGCAUGUGUGUGUGUGUGUGUGUGCGCGCGCGCGCGCGCGAUAAUGGUGGUGUUGGAUGAGGGUUUGAGUUCUCUCCAAG